AUGGAGGGGAUUGAUCAUAGGAUUGUGAGAGCCAAUGGCAUCAAAAUGCACAUAGCAGAAAAAGGACAAGGCUCGGUAGUACUAUUCCUCCAUGUCUUCCCUGAGCUUUGGCACUACUGGCGCCACCAGAUUCGUGCUUUGAGCUCACUUGGAUACCAUGCUGUAGCACCAGAUCUCCGGGGCUUUGGUGACACUGAAGCACCAACUUCCAUCACCAACUACACCUAUGAUCACAUUGUCAAUGACCUUUUUGCUCUCAUUGACUCUCUGAGUGUGGAGCAAGUGUUUCUUGUGGCACAUGAUUGGGGAGCCAUCAUGGGUUGGUACUUGUGCUUGUUUAAGCCUGAAAGAGUGAAGGCAUUUGUGUGCCUUAGUGUUCCAUUCAUGCCAAGGUGUCCACAGAUGAAGCCAAUGGAUAGAAUACGAGGUUUCUUUGGAGAUGACUACUAUAUAUGCAUAUUUCAGGUUCUUGUUUUGUUAACAUAA